AUCCUUCACGCUCCGGUUCCACGAGUUCAGCAGACGGGGGGGCGGUUUUAGGCUCAUAAACUAAAAAACGGAAACAAAUUGGAGGUGCAAAUCAGAUAUUUGCAAUGGCGACGUGCGUAGAGCUCUAUACCGGCGCUAAGAUGCCGAUUCUGGGUCUUGGGACGUGGAAGGCCGAUCCGGGCGAGGUGGCCCAGGCGGUGAAGACCGCCAUCGACGCUGGGUACCGCCAUAUCGACUGCGCCCUGUUUUACGAGAACGAGGGCGAGGUGGGGGAGGCCGUUCAGCAGAAGAUCCAGGAGGGCGUGGUGAGGAGAGAGGACCUCUUCAUCGUCAGCAAGCUCUGGUGCACCUUCCACGAGAAGCAGCUGGUGAAGGAGGGCUGUCAGAAAACGCUGGCCGACCUGAAGCUCGCCUACCUGGACCUGUACCUGGUUCACUGGCCCAUGGGCUUCAAGUCGGGGGGUGAGCUUUUACCUCUGGAUGAGAACGGAUUAGCCCUGCCGGACAACACUGACUUCUUGGACACCUGGGAGGGCAUGGAGGAGCUGGUGGACGCUGGCCUGGCGAAGGCCAUCGGAGUGUCCAACUUCAACCACGAUCAGAUCGAGAGGUUGCUGAACAAGCCCGGCUUAAAGUACAAACCCGCCAACAACCAGAUCGAGUCCCACCCCUACCUGACUCAGGAGAAGCUGAUUGGCUACUGCCACUCCAAGGGCAUCACUGUGACCGCGUACAGCCCCCUGGGCUCGCCUGCUAGACCAUGGGCGAAGCCAGAUGACCCCUCUCUGCUGCAGGAUCCAAAGCUGCAGGUCAUCGCGGAGAAGCACAAGAAGACCACUGCUCAGGUGCUGAUCCGCUUCCUCAUCCAGAGGAACGUCGCCCUUAUCCCCAAGUCCAGCAACACGGAGCGCAUCCGGCAGAAUUUCCAGGUCUUUGAUUUCGAGCUCGCCGAGGGGGACAUGAAGACCAUCCUGAGCUUCAACCGGAACUGGAGGGCCUGUCCGUUGCACUGGGGUGUGAAUCACAAGGACUAUCCAUUCAACGCGGAGUACUGAGCUGUGACAAUGCAGGGCCUCUUCUCCGCGAGACCCUGCGUUCUGGGGCUUGGAGACCGAUUGCUUUUCCUGCAGGCAUAAUGAUCGGGCUGUAUUUCGCAGUGUUGAAGGAGACUGGAGUAUUGCGCGUUUCUCUCUGGUUGCGAGGAAAGCUCAUUUCAUGCUGCUUUUGACCCCUGACUAGGGAGUCAUGUGAGGGAGGCCGUGAUGUCAAAUUGCACAAGGGGAGAGGAAUUUCAGUAGCACCUCAUUUAAAGUGUCACUUGUUUACAGCUUCCCUGCAAAGCACGUAUCGGCAUAGAAACCGUCCUGGGUGAAAAGCGCCGUUGUGGAAAUGCUUCUGUGCUCGUCGAAAUAAAACUGGGUUUCAAGCAGCCCUCUCGUGUGCUGUA